UGGUUCAUUUUGUAUUCAAAUUCACGCUUUUUACCCUUAAAUUCUUUUUUAUCUUCAAUUUAGUAAUUUCAUAACUUUUUACUGCCACUCCUUGAUGGAAGUUUUUGCGGUGUCUCUUGGUGACGCCGUCGUCUCUGCUUUGGUUAGUUCGGUGGUAGAUGUUAUCUCCUCCUCUCUUUUUAUGAAAUAUGCUGACAAAGAUAAAAUUUCAUCAGAGCUCAAGAAAUGGCAGAAGCUGCUGCUCAACAUCAAUGCUUCGCUUGAAGAUGCUGAAGAAAAGCAAACCAGGAGCGGCUCAGUGAAGCUGUGGCUCAGCGAUUUAAGAGAUAUUGCUUACGAUGCUGAGGAUAUCAUCGACGAGCUGACCUUUGAAUCUUUUCGCCACCAAAUAAUGGAAGACACGGACUCCUUUCUAUCCACCUACAACGUGAGGAGACGUAUUUCUUUUUAUAUGAAAGUAAGGAGAUAUAUUUCGACUUGCUGUUUGAGUUUUAAUCCUUCAACUGUUAAGUUUAGUACCAAAUUGGAAUCUAGAUUAAAGAGUCUUACUACUAGACUGGAAGAGGCUGUUGCAGUGAAGAAUGGUUUGGCUUUAGUUGAGAAUGAUAGAGGGAGGUAUGAAAGGAUGAAAGAGAGAUUAAGAUCUAGUUCCCUUGUUGACGAGUCUCAUGUCUACGGUAGAGAAAGAGAUAGAGAGGCAAUUCUUGAUUUGCUGAUGAACGAUAGUGAUGAUGGUGUUGGUGAUAUUGGUGUGGUUUCCGUUGUGGGUAUGGCAGGGGUGGGCAAAACCACUCUGGCUCAGUUAGUGUACAAUGAUGCCAAAGUUGAAAGCUUUUUUGAUUUGAGAGUCUGGGUUUGUGUGUCUGAGGAAUUUGAUGUUGUUAAGGUGACAGCCACAGUUCUUCAGGCUGUUAGUAUGGAGGGUUGCAAUUUAAAGGAUCUAAACUUACUCCAAGUUAGCCUAAAGGAGAAGCUGUUUGGGAAGAAAAUUUUAGUUGUUUUAGAUGAUGUUUGGAAUGAGAACUACGAGCAAUGGGAAGUUCUUCGUAUGCCCUUCAUUGCGGCAGAAGCUGGAAGUAGAAUACUUGUGACAACUCGAAAUGAACGUGUUGCAUCCAUCAUGACUACUUGCGGGACUUAUCGUUUGAAAGAAUUGACAAAUGAUGAUUGUCUCUCAUUGUUUACCUGGCAUGCCUUUGGGACUUUGGAUUUUGAAGGACACCCGAGCUUAAGCGGAAUUGGUGAGGAAAUAGCAAGGAAGUGCAAAGGGUUGCCGUUGGCUGCCAAGACCCUCGGAGGACUCUUGCGUACUAAAGGGAACCAUCAAGAAGAAUGGGAAGAUGUUUUAAAGAGCAAGAUAUGGGACUUGCCAGAAGAAAGAAGCAGCAUCCUUCCAGCUCUAAGAUUGAGCUACCAUUACCUUCCUUUCCAUUUGAAGCGCUGUUUUUCUUAUUGUGCUUUAUUCCCAAAGGAUUAUGAAUUUGAGAAGGAUGAGUUGGUGUUGUUGUGGAUGGCAGAGGGUUUUUUGCAACAGACAACAAGAGAGAAGCAAAUGAAGGAUAUAGGAACCGAGUAUUUUCGUGAUUUGCAGUCAAGAUCUUUUUUCCAACAGUCAACUAGUGACAGAGCUCGUUAUGUGAUGCAUGAUCUCAUAAAUGACCUAGCUCAGUAUGUUUCCAGAGAAACCUGCUUUAAUUCUGAUGGAGACAAAUUAUAUGCAAGAGUUGAAAAGCUUCGCCAUUUUUCAUUCCUUCGUCACCAGUAUGACAUUUCAAAAAGAUUUGAAAAUUUGCAUCAAAUGGAAAGUUUAAGAACUUUCAUGGCAUUACCAAUACAUACAUCACCUUGGGCAGCAAGUUCUUAUUUAAGUAACAAUGUUUUACAGGAGUUGUUGCCAAGGUUAGUGCGUUUAAGAGUUCUGAGUCUGAGCGGUUAUUGCAUUGAAGAGCUACCGCAUCAAAUUGGUGGUUUGAUUCAUCUACGAUACUUUAAUUUAUCUUACACCAGAAUUAAAUCAUUGCCUGAUUCUGUGGGUUCUCUUUUCAGCAUGCAGACAUUGAUACUGUAUGGGUGCAAGAACCUUGUUAAACUUCCUCAGGCUAUUGAGAACCUGAUUAAUCUUCAUGUUCUUGAUCUUACUGAUACUGAGAAUUUGACAGAGAUGCCUAUGCAUUUAGGUAAUCUGAAAAAUCUACAGAUUUUGUCCAAAUUCUUUGUGCAGAAGGACAGGAGGCCUAACUUCAUAGAUUUGAAGAGCUUGCUACAUUUGCGAAAGGAGAUUUCUAUUCGUGGGCUGGAAAAUGUGGUUGGUACUCAGGAUGCUGGGGAGUACAUUCUGAAGGAUAAGCAGGGGAUUGACAGCUUAGAUAUGCAAUGGAGUCCAGACUUCCUUGAUGUUGAUGCACUGCCUGUUUUCAGCAUGCUACAACCUCAUGAAAAUCUUAAAAAAAUUAGAGUUGCGUUUUAUGGUGGUACACAAUUUCCAUCCUGGUUUGGUGGUUCUUCACUGGCUAAUAUUGUGGAUAUAAACCUCUCUAAUUGUAGAAAUAUUACGUCCCUUCCAGCACUCGGCGGACUACCAUCACUGAAGAAGUUGUCAAUAGAAGGCAUGGAUGGAGUCAAAGAAUUGCGUUUUAAGCCUUUCCCAGUUUUGGAAGUUCUACAGUUUCAAAAUAUGUUGAAAUGGGAAUAUUGGUAUCAUUCUUACGAAGAUGGAGAAUUCCCAAGUCUGCAUGAGCUAGUGAUUCAUAAUUGUCCAAACUUGAAUCAGAAAUUACCCAGAUACCUGCCUUCUCUAGUGAAGCUUAUAGUCAAAGGCUGCCCAAACCUGGUUGAUUCAGUUUUGAACCUCCCAUCUCUUCAUGAACUAAAUAUUGAAGAUAGCAAAAAAAUGGUUCCAGUGAGCCUGGUUGGCGUUACUUCUCUAGUUACAGUGAAAAUCAGGGGUCUGCCAUACCUUAAAUGCUUUCCAGAUGGGUUUCAACAGUUUCCAGGAGCACCGAAGCAUCUUCUCAUUUCCUUUCUCAAGUCUCUUGAGCGAUUACAUAUCGAAUCAUGCCCAAAGCUCGUAUCCUUUUCGGAGACAGGUUUCUCAUCCACACUUAGGCAUCUGCAGCUCAGAGAUUGUCCUGUGCUUACAAACCUGCCCAUUUGGAUAAUGAGUCAAUUUACCAGCUGUCUUCUUGAAGAUUUGGAAAUUGAAGAAUGUCCUUCUCUCACACGCUUUCCAAGUGGGCGUUUACCUCCUACCUUAAAAAGGUUAAAACUCCAAGAUUGCGCAAGUCUAUGUUCUCUACCUGAGGGAUUGAUGCAGGCUGAUAACAACAAAUAUGCUUCUUAUCUUGAGCAUUUGGAGAUCAUUGGUUGUCCAUCACUCAAAACCUUCCCAGAAGGUAAAUUACCAACUAGCCUUAAAGUGCUUAGGAUUUGGGAUUGCUGGCAGCUGAAGCCCCUUUUAGAUAGGAUGUUGCCAGAUAAUGCGUCGCUUGAAUACGUGGAUAUUUUGAAGUAUUCAAAUCUAAAAAGCUUGCCAGAGUCUCUACAGAAUCUCAUGUGUCUGGUAGAAUUAAAUAUAAACAGUUGCAAAGAUCUGGAAUGCUUCCCAGAGAUAGGUUUGCCACUUCCCAACCUGCGAACAUUAAAUAUCUGCAGUUGUGACAAACUCAAGUCUUUACCUGAUCAGAUGCUAUAUCUCACUUCCCUUCAAUAUUUAACAAUUUGUGAUUGUCCACGUCUUUCUUUUCCUAGAGAGGGUUUGCCUCCUAAUCUAUUAUCACUUGAGAUUUGGUAUUGUAAAGAACUCAAGGAUCCAGUCUCAAAAUGGAACCUACACACAUUAACCUCUCUUCGAGAGUUCAGCAUUGCUGGUGGACCAGAUAUGGUUUCCUUUCCACAUGAGUGCCUGCUUCCCCCUACUCUAGUUUCAAUAUAUAUGGCAAGUCUCAAUAAUCUCAAAUCCCUAACUGUGAGCCUUCAAAAUCUACUCUCUCUUGAAGAGCUAGAGGUUGUCGAGUGUCCUAAGCUUCGAAAGUUGCCAAGGGAAGGGUUGCCUGCAACACUUGGAAGACUUUGUAUUAGGAACUGUUCACUUCUGGAAAACCGAUGUUCAAGAGAUAAAGGAGAAUAUUGGCCGUUGAUAGCCCACAUCCCUUGUAUUGAUAUAGUUGCUACAGAUAUUUAGUGUGGGCUUUGGCAGAUCAGUUUGAGUUUUCUACGGGAGAAGUGAGAACUGCAUAGGGAUGCCAUCCCCUCCUUUUCCUUGGAGAGAAAUGGAUAAGAAUCUUGUUACACCAACAAAGGUUCCAAUCAUUGGUGCAGUUAGCUGAGGUAAAUAUAUUGCUGAGUCAUAUUCCUGACUAAUCUGCCAAUGACAAGUGGUUGUGAUCUUGCUCAUUAUUUAAGCCGUUGAUGCAUUUGAGUCAGGAGAAUGUUAGGCUGCUGAUGCAUUUGCAUUGUUUGGACCCACAGCUGAGAAAAGUCAACUAGGCUCUCUGUUCCUUGACUGUAUAUGGGUUUGAUUGAUGGCAGUACGCUUGUUGAUGAGCGCAAAGAUUUUGGAGGUAACCAGGAGAAACCUUGUUUCACAUCUCUAAAGAAACUGCAGUUGAAUCAUGUCUAACUUGGGGCCUUUGCUGAUAGUUGUGUACUCCAUUGUAUAAUUUAGAACUACUAUCUGUGUGUGUAUAACUAAUGCACCAUUUGAUGGUGCUCUUGCUUUCUUCUCGGGGAAAGCCACUGCAAACUAGAACAGUGGAUAUGAGAAAAGAAGAGAAGCUAAUGUAUAGUGAAAGAAACGCUUCCAUUUCCGUGUUCAAGCUGUGAUGGAUUAUUUUAGCAACUAUUUUUGAAA